UGUUUUGUUUUUGGUGCAGAGGAUCAAACCCAGGAUCUAGUCCUGUGUACUAGACAUAUGCUCUACAACUGAGCAUAGGUCCUCAGUACACUUUAAACACAUUCUUCGUUAAAUAUAAAUUCUUUAUUUUAUAAUUGCAAUUGGAACUUCACUGUUAUUUCAUUGUGUUUUUAGAUAAAUUUUUGCUCAGGUAAAAAUGAGCUGUUAUAAUUCUAGAAAUUCACAUACAAAAAUAUGUUACCUAAGUGAAGCUUCUAGAAAUUAUUACUAAAACAUGGUUCCUGAAUGGGGAACUUCAGAAAAAGAUCUGUUUCAUGAACAAAAAAAAAAUUUCAUGAAAUACUCUGAAAAUAUCUUUAGGCACACAUUUGAUGGUAAAGAAAAUGAGUUGUCUUUAGCAUUCCUUAGCUAUUCUGUAAAAGCUGUGAAGCCCUGGUUACAUGUCUUUUUCAUCUCUGCCUUUGAAUCUUCCCAGUUUUCUUUGAAUUUGGAAGUCUCCAAAUUUUAUUGGAAUUCAUUGCUCUAGGUAUUAAUUUAUAUCUACUUAUGGAUUCUAUCAGUAUUAAUAGCUUUAUGAAUAUGGCCAAUUCACAUUCAGUAGCAAUAUAUGUUUAUUAGCUGUUUAUAUUAUAUAUGGAUGCAUGCUUUGUUGACUGAGAGCCAGCUACUGUGUGUGGUUUGUGCAGGGCUCUAAGGUGAUUAAGAUAGACACACUUUCCCUGGGGAUUGAACCCAUGGGCGCUUAAUCAUUGAGCUACAUCCCCAGUCAUUUGUAUUUUUAAAAUUUUGAGACAAGAUCUCACUAAAUUGCUGAGGCUGACUUUGAACUUGUAAUCCUCUUGCCUCAGCCUCCCAAUUUCCUGGGAUUAUAAGCGUGAACCACUGUGUCCAUCUAAGGAGGUCAUAGUUUGAUGGAGGAGAAAGACUCAAAUAAUCAAACAAAAUGGCAAAUAAGACAGGUAUAAACUGUGUUAAGUACUGUGACAAAAACGAACAGCGUACUGUGGCAGGGUAGCAGGACCUAGGCCAGGAGGACCUCUGAGGGAGGUGAACAUCAGAGGAGAAAAAGCAAGCCAGGACAUAUUAUAGAAACGUAAUUGUCCCUCCAGAAUGUCAUGGAAGUAAGUAAUAGUGGUGGGACAGAUGGUAUUUUUUAAACAGGUGAACAUGGUGUUAGGAAAUAACCAUCAUAUGGCAGUUUCCUGAAAUAAAAAUUUGAUUGUUUUAGUGGGUUACUGUACUGUGAAAAUUUAGCCCUACUGUUUAAAAAAAUUUAUUUUAAUGAUUUCAAAAUGAAUGUCAUAAUAUAACUUUAAUUUAUAAAGUAGAGGCUGGAGUUUUUAAGAGUUGCCCUUAAUUGAUACAUAAGCAUAUUAGUGUUGAAAAGAAGUUCAGGGGACAUUUUUUUUAGAGUUUGGGAACUGUCAAAUAAGGGAUGUGGUAGAAUUAGAGAAGUCCCAGCUCAAGUGAAUACAAACAUAAGGAAGUGAAGAUUUAAACAGUAAGGAGGACUUUUGUCCUUGCUAGUAGAGAUAAAGGUUAAUUCACAAAAUAACCUUUCAUCAUGUGAAGGUCUGUUCAUGAGAAGUGGAGAGAAGGUAGCCUCCAUCUCCGCCAAAACCAGAUCUUGAAGAGAGAAAUAAUUUAUGUGUGUUAAAGCCCAGGAAUGAGCUUCUCAAGCUUGUACAAUGAAGACAGAAACCUGCUUCGAAUUAGAGAGAAAGAGAGACGCAACCAGGAAGCUCACCAAGAGAAGGAGACAUUUCCUGAAAAAAUCCCCCUUUUUGGAGAACCUUACAAGACAGCAAAAGGUGAUGAGCUGUCCAGUCGGAUACAGAACAUGUUGGGAAAUUAUGAAGAAGUGAAGGAGUUCCUUAGUACCAAGUCCCACCCUCAGUGCUUGGAUGCUUCUGAAAAUAGGUUGAGAAAACCGAGAUAUUCUUUAUUUCCUGACAAGGGGAGCAGCAUUCCGUCCAACUCCUUCCAUACCAGUAUCCACCACCAGCCCAUUUACACUCCCGCCUCCGGACCACUUCCUGUUGGUAACAUUAGCCACAAUCCAAAGAUAGCACAGCCAAGAAUGGAACCAUUGCCAAGUCUCCAUGCCAAAAACUAUGGCCCACCAGACAGCCAGCACCUGAUCCAGGACCGUCUCGGACAGGAGGGAUACAGCUCUAGUCAUCACAAAAAAGGUGAUCGUAGAGCUGAUGGAGACCAUUGUGCUUUAACAAUAGACUCGGCUCCAGCAAGGGAGCUCUCUCCCUUGAUUUCUUCUUUGCCUUCCCCAGUGCCCCCUUUGUCACCUAUACAUUCCAACCAGCAAACUCUUCCCAGGAUGCAAGGAAGCAGCAAGGUUCACAGUAGUAGCAAUAACAAUAAAGGCUACUGCCCAACCAAGUCUCCCAAGGAUCUGGCGGUGAAGGUUCAUGAUAAUGAGACCCCUCAAGACAGUUUGGUGGCAGUUGUCAGCCAUGGGGUAGCCCCUUCCCAGCCACCUUCUCAGACAUUUCCACCCCCCUCCCUCCCCUCAAAAAGUGUUGCAAUGCAGCAGAAGCCCACAGCUUAUGUGAGGCCCAUGGAUGGUCAAGAUCAGGCUCCAAGUGAGUCCCCUGAGCUGAAAUCACUGCCGGAGGAGUACCGGCAACAGAACUUUGAAAGAACAGACUCAAAAGUGCCUGCUGAAGCCAAGCUCACCAAACUGAAGAUGCCUUCGCAGACAGCUGAGCAGACGUACUCCAAUGAAGUCCAUUGUGUUGAAGAAAUUCUAAAGGAAAUGACCCAUUCAUGGCCUCCUCCUUUGACAGCAAUACAUACGCCUAGUACAGCUGAGCCAUCCAAGUUUCCUUUCCCUACAAAGGAUUCUCAGCAUAUCAGUUCUGCAACCCAAAACCAAAAACAAUAUGAUGCACCUUCAAAAACUCACCCUAAUUCUCAGCAAGGAACAUCCAUGCUUGAAGAUGACCUUCAGCUCAGUGACAGUGAGGACAGUGACAAUGAACAAACUCCAGAGAAGCCUCCUUCCUCAUCUGCACCUCCAAGUGCUCCACAGUCGCUUCCAGAACCAGUGGCAUCAGCACAUUCCAGUAGUGCAGAGUCCGAGAGCACCAGUGACUCAGACAGCUCCUCAGACUCGGAGAGUGAGAGCAGUUCAAGUGACAGCGAGGAGAAUGAGCCCCUAGAAACCCCAGCUCCUGAGCCUGAACCUCCAACAACAAACAAAUGGCAGUUGGACAACUGGCUGACCAAAGUCAGCCAGCCUGUGGUGCCUGCCGAGGCCCUGGGGAACACAGAGCUCCCCCGUCGGCGCCAGGAAAGCAAGGGUGGCAGCGAGAGCACCACAAGUCAGGAGCAUUCUGAGUCCAAAGAUCCUCCCCCGAAGAGCUCCAGCAAAGUCCCCCGGGUCCCUUCUGAAGGCCCCCACCCUGGAAAGAGAACCUGUCAGAAGUCCCCUGCACAACAGGAACCCCCACCUAGGCAAACUGUUGGAACCAAACAACCCAAAAAACCUGUCAAGGCCUCUGCCCAGGCAGAUUCUCGGGCCAGCUUGCAGGUGGAAAGUGAGCCAGGACUCCUUCCCUAUGGCUCAAAGGACCAGACCUCCAAAGAUAAGCCCAAGGUGAAGACGAAAGGCAGGCCCCGGGCUGGGGGCAGCAGAGAGCCCAAGCCUGCAGUGCCAGUCCCCAGUGAGAAGAAGAAGCACAAGAGCUCCCCGGCACCCCCCUCCAAGGCGCUCUCAGGCCCAGAACCCACGAAGGACAGUGUGGGAGACAGGAGCCCUGAGCACUUUGCUCUUGUCCCCCUGACUCAGAGCCAGGGCCCACCCCAUAGUGGUGGUGGUGGCAGGACUAGCGGCUGCAGGCAAGCAGUGGUGGUCCAGGAGGACAGCCGCAAAGACAGACUCCCAUUGCCUUUGAGAGACACCAAGUUGCUCUCACCGCUCAGGGACACUCCCACCCCACAGAGCUUGAUGGUGAAGAUAACCCUAGAUCUUCUCACUCGGAUUCCCCAGCCACCCGGGAGGGGGAGCCGCCCAAAGAAACCGGAAGAUAAACAGCUGCUUGUAGGGAAGAAGCAGGACUCUGAGAAGAGAAGCUCAGACAACUCCAGCAAGUUGGCCAAAAAGAGAAAGAGCGAAACAGAAAGAGACUAUGAUAACAAAAAAAUCAGACUGGAGAAAGAAGCCAAAUCACAGUCCUCUUCAUCCUCAUCCUCCCACAAAGAAUCUUCUAAAACAAAGACACCUAGGCCCUCCUCAGAGCCUGCAAAAAAGGAAAUGCUUCCCCCUCCACCUGUGUCGUCCUCAUCCUCGUCCUCCCAAAAACCAGCCAAGCCAGCACACAAGAGGUCAAGGCAGGAAGCAGACAUUUGUGGCCAUGACCCUCCCAAAAGUGCCAGUAGUACCAAGAGCAACCAUAAAGACCCUUCCGCUUCAAAGCACAGAAAAGUACAGGGGAAAGGCUCUGGAAGCUCCGCUGAACACAAAGGAUCUUCUGGAGACACUGCAAAUCCUUUUCCAGUGCCUUUUUUGCCAAAUGGUAACUCUAAACCAGGGAAGCCUCAAGUGAAGUUAGACAAACAGCAAGCUGAUUUUCACAUGAGGGAAGCCAAAAAGUUGAAGUGCAAAGCAGAGUCAAUGACGGACAAGGUUGGAAAGGCCUUCAAGUACUUGGAAGCCAUCCUGUCCUUUAUCGAGUGUGGGAUUGCCAUGGAGUCUGAGAGUCCGGCCUCCAAGUCCGCUUAUUCAGUGUACUCAGAAACUGUAGAUCUCAUUAAAUUCACAAUGUCAUUAAAAUCAUUCUCAGAUGCCACAGCACCAACACAAGAGAAAAUAUUUGCUGUUUUAUGCAUGCGUUGCCAGUCCCUUUUGAACAUGGCAAUGUUUCGUUGUAAAAAAGACGUAGCAAUAAAGUAUUCCCGUACUCUUAAUGAACACUUCAAGAGUUCUUCCAAAGUGGCCCAGGCCCCUUCUCCAUGCAUUGCAAGAAGCACAGGCACACCAUCCCCUCUGUCCCCAAUGCCUUCUCCUGCCAGCUCUGCAGGGUCCCAGUCAAGUGCUGGCAGUAUGGGGAGCAGUGGAAUGACUGCCACAAUCAGUACUCCAGUCACCAUCCAGAACAUGACCUCUUCCUAUGUCACCAUCACGUCCCACGUCCUUACCGCCUUUGAUCUUUGGGAACAGGCUGAAGUCCUUGCAAGGAAGAAUAAAGAAUUCUUUGCUCAACUCAGCACAAAAGUAUGCACCUUGGCCCUCAACAGCAGUCUGGUGGACCUGGUGCACUAUAUAAGACAGGGUUUUCAGCGGCUCAAACAAGUAACCAAAACACCUUAAUGGAAACCCAAGUUGACUCCAUGCCUUGGGGACUUUUUUUUUUUUUUUUGCACAUUGGAAGCGUAAAAAACAGUCUCGACAUUUGUCUCAUCAGGAUAUCAAACUCAAGAAGAGAAGCAGCAUAAGAUGGCCAGGAGGUUUGUCCACAUAAACUCUCAAGAGUCGUGUUAUCAUUGGGUGGACACUGUGGUUACACAGAAGCAGAGAUGGAGGUCAGCCCCAGAGAUGAUCUUGCCUUUCCUAACUACAGGAUAAAAGUGCAAUGUAGCCUAAUGGGCAUGUGAAUGGUCUAGAAACAUUUCUGUGGUCUUUUGUUUUUGUUUUUUAACCAGUAGGAUGGAUGUAAGCUGCAAGUGAAAUGAGGAACAAUGUCAAUUCUGAAAGCAAAUUCACAUCAUCUCAGUAGCCAUACUAAGUCCAUUCACAGAAGAAAAUUUUUUUAAACAUUGAUUUUUGGUGAAGGGUUUUGUGGAUGAUUUGUUUUAAAAAAAUUUAAGUUCUGAGGGAAACUUGUUUAACAGAUUCUAAUGGCCAUCUGUAAAAUGUAAGUUGUGAAGGACUCCACUGUACCCCACAUUCUGCCAGUGAACAGUGACUUUGAUAAUACCAAGUAUUGUCAUAGUGUAUGAAACUGAAGGCAACCCCCUCCCAUUGCCCUGUGUACUGCGCGUUCACCCCAGCUCGGAUUCCUGACUGCUGAAAUGUAACCCACGAUCCACGUCACGCAACGGAGGAAGAACAAGUGCGCAUGGGAGCCACCUCGAGAGUCACUUGAGGCCGACUCCUGGAGGACUUGGCGCUGCCAUCCCCACUCUUGUUUCCUUGAAGGGUUCUAGCUAACAAGGUGGUCUCCAUUGAUCGAAUUCUGUAUUUCCUAACUUGGGGAAGAAGGGAACAACAUUUAUACCUGACCAGAUGGCUAACGUGCUUUUUGAUUCUUGUUUUAAGUAGAGAUGGAAUUUGAGGUGCUGAUCGGUGGUCUACAGCUAUGUGGUAACUCAUGUCUAAUCAGUUUUUUCAGUGAAGAAAAAUGAUAUCUACUUCGUAGAGAGGCUAUAUUUUUCUGCUACAAAUUAUUUUAUAUUUAUAGCAAAACUAAACUUUGUGAGCCCUUGAUUGCCUAGGGGAAAUUGACUCCCUGAGAGAAUGUGGAGAUGUGGGGAUUAAGUAGAUUUCUAAAAAAAUUGUCACCACAUGCCUUCACUCCAGAGUGUUCUCAGACAACUAGAUUUGAAUAGGUUGAAGAGGGAACUGUGGCCUUCCUCUAAGUUAAUGUCAUACUGUCUGCAUUAAACCAGGUUCGUUUUGAAUGGCCUAAAAUGAAAGAACACAAUCAGAAUUCCCACAUGCCCACAAGCACAGAUUGCUUUUUGAAAUUUUGAAGGUUGUUAUUGGAAAUACUCUUUUGAGUGCAGUGUUUUUAAAAACCAGUUCUUUUUAUCCCAUUUAGAAAGUAGAAUUUGCUCAUGUGUUAAAAUUGAGGAGUGAGCUUCAUCUGUGCAACUAAUUGGUUUCCUUUUCUCCCGUUACCCUGUUCUGCACCUCUACACAUUGUUCCCUACCAAGCACGUUUCAUGUUUUUUGUAUUUAUUAGUGAAGGCAGAACCAUUUUUAUUUAUAGUGAAGACGCCCAAGGUCUCUCUGAUGAAUACUAGGACUUUCUGGUUUCAUAAACAUGUAAAGGGAUGUGUAGAUGCUGGAGCCAUGCUGACUUUUCAGUUUAAAAUUGUGUGAAGCUGCCCCCUGGUCUCUCCUCCAGCCUGUUCUUUGAUUGCUAACUAGGUUAAAGCCAGAGAAUGACAGUGGAGUUAAUAUCUGAGCGUUAAACCUUGAUGUGUGAUGUGUGAUCCUGACGAAGCAGUUUCCUUUACUGAUGUUCUGAAGCAAAGCUAUUGUUUUUUUAAACUACUAGAGAGCCUGUUGUUAAAUGGACAAUAAUUGCCUGGUAGGUUGUAAGGCCUGGCAUUGUGUUUGCUCCUUGUAUGGAGGGGACAAGGCACUAGAAUCAGCAAGAUCACUUAAAAUCCUUCUGUCUUAAUUCCCCUUCCCCGUCUGCUAUGUCAAGCCACCUGUCAAUGGUGAAGGGUUCUGUUCUUUAUGACAGGUUCUGAUCUAUGCGGGUUGUACCAGAGCAUGUGUGAGUCUGUGGGCAAGCCACCAUGCUCCCUUGACUGAAAACAUUCCCAAGUGGAUUUCUCAGCCAAGUGUAACAGAUUGCUUUUUCAGUGGCCUUAUUCUUUGUGGGUUUUUUUCCUCCCUGAAAUCUAUAUUAAAAUUUUAUUUGUCCCUUGAAAAAAAAUAAUGAAUCUGGAUAGAUCAAUUUGUACUACUUUGAUCAUUGGAUAUUUCUGAUUCUUACUGCAACAGUCCUUGUACCUAACAGAGAAUUCCUGAUGACUACCUUUUUAAUAGAGUAAGUAAAAGGUAGUGUCUGAUGAGUCCUUAAUGUUCAUAAGCCCUUUUUGCUGUUACAGUUGUAUAUAGAAAUCUGAAGGAUUUUUAAACCAUUUGCACUUUUUCACUGCAUGCUUAUAAUUCCCAAAGGCAAAAAUUUGUACUGAGGUAGAUCUUUCAAGAGGAUUAGAUUAUAAAAUUAAGCCUUUGUAUAUGUGAAGUUCUCAUGGCAACAGUGAUAGUGCACACUUCACAGUGAGAAAAAUAGAAAAAAUUAAUCUUAAUGAAAACAGAGUAAAUCUUGCCUUUGCCACUACAGGGGUGGGUGUGUGUGUGUGUGUGUGUGUGUGUGUGUGAGAGAGAGAGAGAGAGAGAGAGAGAGAGAGAGAGAGAGAAUGAAUAAGAAUGUGGGAGAAUACUGUUUUAUUUUAAACGAAUUGUUGAAUGUUUCUACCCUUCUGAAGAUAGUGAAAAUGUGAAUCAUCGAACCUUGGAGCCCUAUUAAAUAAUGAAAAAGACUUUUCCAAAAUCUACCAGAUUAUACUUGGGGUUAAGAUUAUGAAUAUACAGAUGACAUGGUAGCAGUGGUACAGUAUGAGAGGGUUCAGCAUGCAGUAAUCAGGAAUAAACUACAAUAGGAUAAUUUGUUUGAUAUCAUGAUUUGAUCACAAUAUUAAAUGAGAAAAGCAACUGAUUUUUUAAACAAAAAGAUCUUUUUUUAAAGAUUGUUUUAGCCAAAAUGUAUAGUUACUUCCUUUAGACAAAUUGGACAUUUACCUCCUUUAUUCUUUACUCUUUAGUUCUAGAUCUUGGGAUGUUUAGAAGCUAAUCUACUCUCCCUUUCUAGCUGAAAAUUUGCCUUACCUGGUACCUUACAUAUUAAUGUUAGUAGGAGCAGGAGGUUAGUCUUGAUCCACUUUUUAAAGCAAAAAGAAAACCACUGUGUUCUCUACAACUGCUAUCUCUGAUGUGCAAAAGAAUAUGUAAUCUGUACACAAAUAGAGAACAAGAGCUGAUUCAGUUGUAUAUAUUUGUUGUGCCCUUGUUGACCAAACCUAAUUUUGAAAUAAUGUUUUGCCACAGCUUUAAGGUAUGUUACAUGGGUCGUCUUAUAUCUAUCUUCUGCUUUAUGAAGUUUGAAGUUUAUUUGUGCAUAUUAAGAUAAAUGAGUUGGUUUGAUUUAGCAUACUUUUAAAUUCUUCCAUGCCUUCUACCAAAUUCUUUUUUUUUUUUCAUAAUGAUUUAUUUUCCCUGACACUACAAAAUACCUUUGAAAAUUUUUUAUCGUUUCUUCUGAGACACUCUUUCCCACUGAGUAGCAGGAUUUAAAUUUUCCAAGACUAUUUUGGGCUUCUGGUAGAAACACAGAAGUGUAGAUUUUAUUACUGAAAAGUGAGUACACAUUGCAGCUGUGAAGAGAUGGCCAGGAUUGAUUAUGGUGGUGCUUGCCCCCACCCCUUCUCUUGUGGAUUGCCUCUUCUGGUUUUUUCCCACUGGGAAAUAAUGGGUGUAAGGUAUUUUUUUUUUCUGUGCCUUUAUUAUUUGUUUUCAUGGGGAGAAGUAUAGUAGCAGAAUAGCAUGGUGCUGAGGGUCUUCCUUCACACAUUACAAGUGGUAUUUCUGCCAUGUAGUCAGUCCUCCAGUCCACAACCCAGUUAUGUUGGUUUCUUGGUGGCUGAGGAUGCACAUCUCUUUGUGAAUUGUGAGCACUAGUCAUGUUCUUUAGUUCUUAUUUAUGAUGCGUUGAUCAGCACCAUCUACUACUUUUCUUGAGAUGACUGUAUGUUUCUUAUUGUUUUGAGGGAAAUCACACUUUAUCCUGUCACUGUGAGUCAGACAUCAUUAGGUACCAUGCUGAGUAGAUGUGCCCUUACUUCUACCUAAGAGGAUGUCUCAGAGGGCAGGAAGGAAACCCUGCAGCUCCUCAUAAGCCUAUAUGGAAAUAUAUAGGCCCGGGAGGACAAGGGAAUAAGACCACUGACAUCAAGGCUGGCCAAGCUGCACUGUCCAACCAGGUAGUGGCCAACCUAAAGGAGAUGACUUGCUUUGCUUAAAAGUAGGUAUUUAAGCAAUACUCCUCACAGGCAGUAUUAAGUUUGCCUUCUGUUCAGGCCAUGACAUGUAUUGUUAAGCUCACUGCACAUCCUCCUUUCAGACAUCAAGUAUACACUGUUCAUGUUGGGGUGUGUGUAUGUGUGUGUGUGUGUGUCCCAAAUCUUGUUUAAAAAAAAAAAUUUUUUUUUCCUGAAUGUGAUCAUGUUUGCAUGUUAUCUGAGCAGGGUUGCUUUUUUUUAUUUAUUACCAUUAUAUAUUAUAUUAUAUAUUUUUGCUUUCUUAUAACUUUAGAAAAGUCGAAUCUUGGUGUUAAAUUGUUUAAAUGAAUAAUUUUUCCAGUUGAUAAAUGAAAAUCACUGGGCUAUCUUUAAAGUAAUAAGUUUUUCUUUAAUUUCUGUGGAAUAAUGUGCCAGCUCUUGUCAACACAAUGACUUUGUAUGUAGGAUAGAAAAGCAGCGAUGCUCUCAAUGGGAAGAUGUGCAACACAAAUAAGGGGAACUCCACAUAUUUUAUCUACUUCAGCAAUGGAACUGCAACUUGGGGCUUUUGUGAAUAAAAGUUAGAUGCCUUGUAUAGUCCUUUGAAAGAGACAUAUGUGAUCUCUGAGAGAAUUAUAGGUUUUUUUUAGAAGAAAAAUUUGCAAAAGAUCUUUCCAAAGAUAAUGUGCCACAGAUCUUUUGUUUGCUGUUCUCUGUAAUGAGGAUUAAGUGCUGUUUUAAAAAAAAAUGUAAUUGAUCUGUUCUUUAAAUUCUUUCAUUUUCACAAGAGGAUCGAGCUGUUGAAAAAAUUAAUAAAAAUUUAGAGAAAUCA